GUGUUUGAUCCUGUGCCAGUUACGCUCGUUUAAAGGUGGUAUUUAUACACACACCUGUCGAAUGCAUUUAAAGUAGUUCAAUACAGGUAAUACUCAACUGUCGUUAUCAUAAUCCUUCAAUGGUUUAAAUUGAACAAUUUACCCCCGAGCUCGCGUAGUCUGGUUAGCUGGGUCGGGUGAUAGACAAUACGAAGCCAGGCGAGAAGGCUGUAAACUGGGUUGUGGUAGGAUUUUCAAUUAACAUUCAUUCAUCUCGACCGGUCUGUCGUGUGAAGUCACUGCCACGAAGUGUGGAGUAUAGAUUGACUCGGAGGAGUUGCCAAGUGCCAGUUGGGGUUUGACCACGACCAGUUGAUAGUGUGGCCAUUUAAUUGAGAUGAAACGAUGGAAAUAUGUGUGGUACUAAAAGAAAACGUGCAAUAGUGUUGUGAGUUUCUUUUUUUAACAUUUAUUGACGAUUAUAUUGGAUAUUAUUUUUCGUCCUGGUUGGAUUUAUCGGAUAGCGGACAUCAUGUUUAUAUGUGUAAAGUACGGGGACAACGAGAGCCUAAUAUGUAACCCCAUGUGCGCCGUCAUCAACCUCCUCAACAGCAUCAAACGACGAGCAGGUUACGGCAACACAAACGUCACUGUGGACCUGUCGGACGAGACCGGUCUGGUUAAGGAAUUGGAUAUGCAUAAACAUGAGUAUGCAAAUAAGUAUCUGACGUCACAUGGUACCUACAUAUUGGUACAGAAGGAGAUGAUGUCGGACAAUGUUUCUAUAGAUUCUGGGUCGACACCCUUACCGUCCCAGUACCAGUAUACGCCGCUCUUACAAGAGCUUGAAGAACACUUCCCCAACUAUAAACUUCACGUAGAGAACCUCCAACCUAAGGUGACUAGAAAACGGACCGGAAACAAGUCUCCGAGUCCGGCCGGAAGGUACAGCUCCAAAUCCAAAAAACCGGACGGAGUGUCAAAACGAGCCACAGCGAAGAAAAGGCAAUGACGUGGAAGAUAAUCUAUAACUA